AUGGACGCAGCGACGACGACGCGACGCGAGCGCGCGCUCUCGGACGCGUGCUUGGACCAGAGCGCGGCGUGGGCGCUGGGGGUGCGCCGCGUGGUGGGCGAUGGGGGCGGGGAGGGCGCGACGAUGGAGACGACGACGCGAGCGAUCGCGCGCGUGGUGAUCGACGCGAGCGCGUCGCGGGCGCGGACGAGUCACACCGGGUUUUCGACCACGAUGCGCGCGCGGGAGAAAUCGCUGAGCGAGGUGGAUGCGGAUGGGUGGAUUUUGAACUCGGUCGAGGAGGAACCGACGGGGUCCGAGACGAGCGGGCGCGCGGAACGCGAGCCGUCGACGGAGGAAGAGAAGAGAGAGCGCAGGAUGCAAGCGAAUCGUUUGUCGGCGGCGAAAUCGAGGAUGAAGAAGAUGCGAAGGGUGGUGGAACUCGAGCAUGCGUGCGAUAUAAAGGCUGCGAACGUGAACGCCCUGAGAACGGCGGUGGAGACGCUAAAGACGCAGCUCGCCGAGUUAAAAGCGCGAAACGCCGAGCUGAGAUUGAUGGAUUCGGCGAGCUCGAUGAUUUCAGAGGGGGUUGGAAUGCGAUCGAGCGCAUCGAUGGAUCUUCUCACAGCGAUAAGCGACGUGCCGACGCCGUCGGCGGAGAUGCGCAUCGACGAGAAGGAUUUCGCCGACGUGGACUCACCGAUGGUGACGAGUAGACUAGAGCGCACGGAGUCGAUCGAGCGCGUGUUCAACAGCGAGGAAUUCUUCUCGAGCCCGCCUCCGAAGAGCAGCUCUUCGAUACAUCCGUGA